CAUCUUCCCUUAUAAAAAGUUAAACAGUUAAAGCAAUGUUUUGUUUUAUCUAUGGUUAAAGUUAUUGUGUAUGUAGAUUUGUUACUGUUGACUGUGUUGUGUUCGUUUUUAACUGAGUCAUUUUGUUCAAUGAAGAAUCGAAGAGUGUUGCUUUGUUCUUAACCUUAAAAUUAGAUUUUUAUCCUCAUUACCUAGCUUCUUUUGUAGUGCCUGUUAAGUGUUCAGUAAUUUUCUGAGAAUAGCAGCGAUGGAAUUGGAUAUGAAGUCAAGAACUUGGCUCCUUCAUUCAGCAAUAGAAUACAGAAAAAAAACAAACUUAAAAGUAAAGGACCCAAAAUUCAUAGAUUAUAUGUUUGAAAAACAGCGUGAAAAGGGCAUUACCUUAUCUAGAUUACAAUUAUUAUCAUUUGUAAAUGAUCCUAUGGGGAAAAAGGGUGCUAAAAACUCAAAUCUCCCCACAAGCAGUGAAAGCUCCGUCGACACCCCUGCAAGAACUAAACAACCACCACAGCAGCCCAGGUUGAAUACAAAUGACCAAGAUGCUGAAGCUACUUCAACCGGCAAACACACACGUGUAGAACAGAAAGAUUUUGUAAAGACAAAAGGUGCAGUCAAGAUGGAAAGCCGAAUGAAAAAUGACAGUAUUAGUUACAAGAAUGAUACCAAAAACAUAGCCAAAAUUAUAAAUCCAGAAAUUGUAGAAGUAGCAAAAACAUUAAAAUCAGAGGAGGAUUUGAGUGGUAAUGAAAAAAUCAGAAAGAAAGUGCAAGGUAAAGCUGCAUCAGUAAGAGCUUCCAAAACAGAGAACGUUCCAGCUGUAGAAAAAACCAAGAAAAGUGAUAUCAUCAACAUGCCAUUAAAGCAAAUGUGUUUUAAUGUUGGUGAUAAAAAACAGCUGGUGGCUACUACGGAUUUGUCAGAAAAUCAUGUCCAUCCUACCAAGGAAGUUUUAACGAUUAAAACAAAGAAAACUAAAUCGAAAACCAUUACACCAGAGAAAGUGUUGCUCACCCCUGUAAAUGCAGAUGUUGAUAAGCCUGAAAGUGAUAACAAACAAAUUCAAAUUAAAUUAACCCCAGGAAAAAAUCUUGAUGAAUCACGGAAAACUCCUGCAGUUGAAAAAAGCACAACCAAUUCCAAAACUGUCACACCAUCAAAGCCAGUUGUUAAGAGAGCCAUUGCAAAAGGUUUGCAAGAUGUUCCACUUCAAUUUGAAAUUAAGAAAGAGUCUGAAAUUGAAGUCGAGAUAACCAAUAUUCCCUCCUCUGAAGAAAACAAGAUUUCUGAAAAGAUGGACGGUGCGAGUCAAGUUGCUAUUGGAGAGAAAAUAAGCAAAGGCACAAGAGCACAGAAGAGAAAAAAAGGCUUGCUCCCAGGUGUAAAACCUGACGAUGAAACUGAAGAAACUUCUAAGACUGAAAUGAAGUCAAACAAUAUCUCCCCAAACAACAAAAUACAGGUCUCUGAAAAUCAUGACAGUGCUAUUGAAUCUACUGUUAAAAGGAAAAGGAGCUCUAGGAGUCAUUCAUCCUCCAGUAGUAGUUCUAUUGCUGAGUUGAAACCAACACAAGAAUCCCAAUCUACUUCUGCGAGCCCAAGUGCUACAACCACAGCUGAGAUUAGUUCUCAAGGUGCAGUCAAGGUGGUAAACCCAUCAAAAAAUGAGACUAAACCCAAUCUUAGUCAUAACGAUGAAACCCAAACCACAGCCAAAGUUAUAAAUCCAGAAAUUGUAGAAGAGGAAAAAACAUUUAAAUCAGAGGAGGAUUUGAGUGCUAAUGAAACUAUCAGAAAGAAAGUGCAAGGUAAAGCUGCAUCAGAAAAAGCUUCCAAACGAGAGAAAGUUCCGGCUGUAGAUAAAACCAAGAAAACUUCUACCAUUAAUAUGCCAAUCAAACAAAUGUGUUUUAAUGUUGGUAAACGUGUCGGUGAUAAAAAACAGCUGGUGGCUACUACUGAUUUGUCAGAAAAUCAUGUUGAUCCUACCAAGGAAGUUUUAACAAUUGAAACAAAGAAAACUAAAUCGAAAACCAUUACACCAGAGAAAGUGUUGCUCACCCCUGUAAAUGCAGAUGUUGAUAAGCCUGAAAGUGAUAACAAACAAAUUCAAAUUAAAGUAACCCCAGGAAAAAAUCUGGAUGAAUCACCGAAAACUCCUGCAGUUGAAAAAAGCACAACCAAUUCCAAAACUGUCACACCAUCAAAGCCAGUUGCUAAAAAAGCCGAUGCAGAAGGUUUAAGAGAUGUUCCAAUUCAAUUUGAGAAUAAGACAACUUCCGAAAUUGAAGACAAGAUAGCCAAUAUUCCCUCCUCUAAAGAAAGAAAGAUUUCUGAAAAUAUGGAUGGUGGGAGUCAAGUUCCUAUUAGAGAGAAAAGAAGCACGAGGAGCCAAUCAGCUACCUACGGAGUGGAGGUGAAACCAUCACAAUCUGCUGUUAAGAGACGUAGGAUUACUCACACAUGUGAGCUUAUUUCUCAAGGUGUAAAACCUGACGAUGAAACUGAAGAAACUUCUAAGACUGAAAUGAAGUCAAACAAUAUCUCCCCAAACAACAAAAUACAGGUCUCUGAAAAUCAUGACAGUGCUAUUCCAUCUACUGUUAAAAGGAAAAGGAGCUCUAGGAGUCAUUCAUCCUCCAGUAGUAGUUCUAUUGCUGAGUUGAAACCAACACAAGAAUCCCAAUCUACUUCUGCGAGCCCAAGUGCUACAACCACAGCUGAGAUUAGUUCUCAAGAUGUAAACCCUGACGACCAUGAAACUGAAGAAACUUCUGAGACUGAAAUGAAGUUAAACAAUAUCUCCCCAAUCAACAAAAUACAGGUCUCUGAAAAUCAUGACAGUGCUAUUGAAUCUACUGUUAAAAGGAAAAGGAGCUCUAGGAGUCAUUCAUCCUCCAGUAGUAGUUCUAUUGCUGAGUUGAAACCAACACAAGAAUCCCAAUCUACUUCUGCGAGCCCAAGUGCUACAAUCACAGCUGAGAUUAGUUCUCAAGAUUUUGAACCAAAUGCUCUUGAGGAUGGUGAAAGUCAGGAAUAUAAAUUCAAGGUUGGUCAGAACUCGCCAUCUGAGGAGGUAAAUUCUGUAAAUCCGGUCAAUGGCAGGCAAGCUACUGUUGGUGGGAAGAGAAACACGCGUAGUCGUUCUGCCUGCAGUGCUCUUAAAGUUGAACCGGAUACGCAGCCUCCUUCUAAGAAACCCAGGACUAGCAACACAACUGGGAAUAAUUCUGAAGUCGCAGAUCAGAACACAGGAAAUCGUAAUGAUACAGAUAUUAAAAGAGAACUAAUAAAACAAGAAUUUAUCAAAAAAGAACGCAGAAAGCCUAAAAAGGUUGGGCCUGUUCGAAAGGCUUAUUUGCAGUCAAGGAAAAAAAAAUACAAUGAAAAGAAGCGAAUGGAAAGGGAAAUGCAGUUGGGAAUAAUCCCUGUACCUUCUCUGAGUUGCACUCCCCAGUCACCAUACAUUCCUAUGGUGAGACCACAUGUUUACUCAGCACAUUGCUGGCAACGUCCUCCUGGUAUUAUACCCCUGCGGCCCAGGUAUUUCCCAAGGGGUAAUAAGCCACGAUUCCCUCCAUGGCCACAUAACGCUUUAAAUCAACAUCAUAGAAUGCAACCGAGGAUGAACUUUUAUCUGCCAGUAAAUGUGACCUCACCCCGUCAAAACAUGGGCUAUCCCAGGCAAUAUGGACGAUUGAGAGCUGAACCUGUGGAACAUACUGGGAGUGCUUCAACGAGAUGCAAUGACAAUUUUGACCCCAUGAGGUCCUAUCCCUCCACAGCCAGGUUUUCAAAUUCCACAAUCGAGCCCCAAAAGGAACCAAGGCAAGAAGAGGUUAUGGCAGCAAUUGGUCUUGGACCUUCUAACUUUGAAAGAACCAUACUCCAAGAGCCUACUGGUAUGGAUACAACAGCCCCCAACAAAGGACUCCAUUCAAAACCGUUUAGGGUACGCCAGCUUCGCAAACCUAAAAAUAAGAAGGACGAUUCCACUAACAAAUCAGAAGAGGAUACUUUGCCAAACUUUGAUCCUAUCUUGUUUCCAUUCAAGAAGAUCAAGCUUCCCGCUCCACAAACUCUGACACCACCAUUAUGUUCUGUUGAAGACGUCGUGCCAAUUUUGGAGUUUGUGUGUGGCCUCUCCCAUGAUGUAUUAUCAUAUUACGGUGAUGCGGUUGGUAGCCAUCAAUCUACGGAUUCAUCUGCUGAGGCUACGGCGCAAGAUAUGGAAUCUUCAGAUACUGCUACAGGUGUCUUCUCUCUCAGCCAAAGUGAUCUUUCUGCCAAUUUGGGGACUGAAGGUCUAUCAAGUCUGAACAGCAGAGUGGGUCAGUCCCCCCCACUCUCUCCUAGCAUGUUGUUUCCUGAGACUCCUCGCAGCAGCAGACAGUCCCCGUCCGAGGAAUCAUCUGGUCAAAACAUCAUUGUAGAAGCCAAUAACAACACGGUGGACUCACUGCAAGAAGAUGGCGCAAAGAAACUUAAAGCUUUUGGAAAAAGGUUGUUAAGAUUGGAAGCACGUGACAGAUACAGAGGCAAGCAAUUGGCCAGAAUGGAGAGAGCGAACCAGAAGAGAUUUAUGAAGACGCAAUAUAUAGUAAAGGACAUUGCAAAGACACAAAGAAAAUUGUUAUUGCAAUUUACAAAGUUUGUGGACGAAAAAAAUAAAAAGUAGAUCCUAAAAGUCUCUUCACGUUUUCUCUGCAUGAGAGUUUAUCCAAAAAGACAAUUAUAUUUCACAUGGAAUCAAUUCUUUAAUUUCUCAUCAUAUUUUGCCAAUCAUUUAAUUUGAAUCAUUUAGUUUUUGUUGGUGAAGCAGGGGUUUUCUUACAAACAUAGUUAUGCAUAAACAUUUUUUAAAUCCUUUUUUGACAAUCUUAUUUUUAGAUCUGGUUAGUAUUAGUGGUAUUAGUUUAUCUCAAAGAGAUUGUUUUAUAUCGGAUCACUUAGAACAACAUGCUUUUUCAGUUUUCUUUGGUUAAUGUAGUCAAAUUUAUGGCUAAAACCUUUUUAUCUUUAGUAUUUGUAACAUAUAGUUGAGAAAUGUCACAGCCAUUGUCUACUUUUCUGUUGCAUAGCCCUACUGUAAAAAUCAUUUUGACGAUUUUUUAAAUUUAGUCAUAUACAAGUACCUAAUAAUUGUAGUUACUAAGAAUUGGUGUAAAUAUUUGCAUUAAUGCGAUCAAAUAUGUUGCUAAAUUGCAACCGGUUUCGACUCACAUAGGAGUCAUCGUCAGGCCAGUACAGAUGUCUUCUCGCAUCAUUCAAAGGUCGUAAAUUCAUAAUAAAGAAAUAAAUAAAACACGCACAUGUACACGAACAUAAAAACAAACAUUUAGGGUUAAAAACUAAGGGUAAUACUGCAACGACACCGGACACGAAAUUUUUUUUAUUUAAUUUUUUAUUUGGAAACCUAUUUUAUUAUAAUACACUUUGCCUAUUAGACACAGUAACAAUAAACUUAAAAUUAUGAUCUAAAUAAUAAGUAACUUAGAUUAGUAAUGUUGUCCAUAUAAAUUUGAUCAUGUAAAUGCAGGUAUUUAAAUUCUGGAGGAUAGAACUCAAUAUAACUGUAAUUACAAUUGUUUUAGUUUUAGUAGUCUACUUUAACGUUCUCGUUAAUGUGUUUGGUUGUAUUGUUCCUGUUUCUUUUUAUGUUAAGUUUGGUUACCACUUUUUAUUAGUAUAAGUGUUUUACGCAGAGUGAUUACUGGCAAACUGUUUGUAUUUGCAUUUAUUCUCAUACAAGUUAAGCAUAUUAUUAUACAUUCCAUGGUAUGUUUAUAUUUCUUAUAAUAAAAAUUCAUUAAAAAAUUGAACUUUUGUAUUGUUUGCUUUUUGAAAUACGUUUUAUUACUGAGAUCUUCAAACAAAACCUGGUUACAACUUUGGUUUUUGUACAGAUCACUCUGUCUUGUAUUAUAUUGUUAAAAUAGAGUAGUCAAGCUGUUCAAAGUUUUUAUACCUUAAUAUUGUAUUUUGAAAUACAUUGUUCUUUUCAAAUGA